AUAAGCUAGGAAGACUUUUUGAUUUGAUGCAGCCAGAGUCGCCCGAAAGAUUUAGUUUUCUUACAGCAGCCUUAAGGUGGUCAUCUGGAGGAGAGGAUUCACAUCCCAGGGGCCAUCCACAUCUACAUCAACAUGUAGCCUUAACAUUGUGGAAAGAGAAAAACUAUGCACAAUCUCGCUAUCACUUCAUCCACUCGUCAGAUGGUGAUGGGUGUGCUUCCAUGUUGAUUGAAUACCAUAUCAACAAAGGUUAUCCUAGUGAAGUGGAUCUCUUUAUCACUCAGGCUGUUCUUCAAUUCCUGUGCCUUAAGAACAAGUCCACGGCAUCAGUAGUUUUCUUCACAUUCACAGAGAAACAUCCUAGUGUCCAGCAAGGCCCUCCAUAUCUGUUACCACUAUUAAACUUUGUAUGGUUUUUACUUCUAGCUGUAGAAGGUGGAAAGUUACCAGUUUUUACUGUCCUAUGUGAAAUGUACCAACCAUCAAUAAACAGAGAUCCAGCUUAUCCAGAAUACCUCUCCAAGAUUGGACAGAUAUUUUUUGGUUUACCUGCACCACCAAAACAACAAGGGUUUUUGAAUAAUUUAGUCCAAUCUCUGCUGGGAGGUCUAGAAGAGGAGAAUAUGAGUGAAGAUAGUGACAUCACUAUGCCUGGACCAUCUUGCUUACCAAAGCACAGCAUACAGUCUGAAGAUUUGGACUGACUAGUUCUAAAUUAAUUAAAUCACCUGUAUUCCUUUGUUUUUUUUUUCUAUUUUGAAAGAUAACAUCAUCAGUAUGGCAACUGCUCAGAAAAUUUAUUCCUCUUUGUUUAUGUAAAGACUGGUAUUAAUUUAAAUCAAAGUUUAAAAAAUUGUUGAAUGAAUGGUUAGAAUAAUUGAUCAAGUGUUUCCUGAGACUUGUAAGAGAGCCUCAAUAAAUGUAAAUACUUGUACAUCUAGCAGAGGUUUGAUAGAUCUAGAGUUUUAAACACCUAGCCAGUGUAACGUUCACGUAAUUUUAACUUUCUAGUUUUCUUUUAAAAAUUUAUAGCUGAAGAAAAAGUUGUCCUUUCAAGUAAAAGACCUUUUUACGUUGACUGGUAAAAAAAUAUGAAAUCUUAGUUUAACGUUAUGAAAAGAAACUUAUUUUUGGUUUACAUAUAAUACUGGAAGUAAACUAUAGAUUUUUUUUUUAACAUUGUAAAGUAUUUAUUUUUGGGAGCCCAGUGUAUUUUAAAAAAAAAUGGGACAUCUGUUAUUGUAUGUCAAAAAUGAAAGAAAAUAACAGCUUUAAAAUGAACUAUAAUGUAUCUUAAAAUUACAAGGACAUUUGCUAGGUAUAGCUUAGAAAUCAGGGCUGUGAAUUAUGAAAUGGUACUGGAUAUAGUGUAAGAAGGGUGGUUUAUAUAAUAUUGUAUAUGUUCAUUAAAAAGACAUUUCAAGGUGCUUCUUUAUGUUGUAGGUAAGUCUUGGUUAAGUUAUAAUUGUUUACUAAAUGCAAUACUGCUGGUUUAAACAUAAAAUUCCUAUAUUAUAUUUAGUGUGAUGUUGAAGUUAAAGGCUUACUUCAUUCAUGAACUUGUCACAAGGCAGACUGCCUGGGAGCUUGUAAAACAAUGUUUGAUUUACAUCUACUAAAUUAACUCUUUUUUUUGAUUUAUUAAAUUUCUUCAAUUCUUCAGCAGAAAAUAAACUAAACAUUUAGGUUUGUAAGUUGAUUAGAAACAUAUGUGAUUUAUUGUAAAUUUUUAACUGUCUACCAAUAAAAAUAAACUUUAUAAUA